AAUUGCCAACAGAGUUCAGCUUUUCAGAUCUCAUAAGCCAGAACAACAGAGAACAGCACGAGAGAGAGAGAGAGAGAGAGAGAGAGAGAGAGGGAGAUGGGGGUGACAAAGGAACAAGUAGAGUCUUCAUUGAAGGCAAAGAUGAAUCCUUCGCACCUUGAAGUAAUUGAUACAUCUGGAGGGUGCGGUGCAAGUUUUGCAAUUGAAAUUGUAUCAGAACAAUUUGAAGGGAAGAGGUUGCUGGAGAGGCAUAGGCUGGUGAAUGCUGCUCUGGUAGAGGAAAUGAAAGAAAUUCAUGCACUAUCAAUAAAGAAAGCUUUGGCCCCAGAGCAGUGGAAGCAGCAGCAAGAGCCUGAAAAAUCUAAUCCCACUGCUUAAAACGUGGUUUUAAAAUAGUAGAGACAUUAACAAAGUGUGUUCUGUUGCUGUGGAGGAUGGAAGUACUUGAGAAGAUGUCAUAAUUAAGCUUGUUGAUACACUUCUGUCCAAGUAUAUUUGCUAAAACUGUGUAUCGUCAUUCUACCUA